AUGACAGAAGACAAACAGGAUGAUCGUCUCACUGUUCCAGAAGGAUGGAAGGACAAGCCAUUUACUAGAGAAGACAACCCGAGGGGUUUAUUAGUAGAGAGCUCAUUCUCAGUCCUGUUUCCCAAGUACCGAGAGAGCUAUCUGUCUAAAGUAUGGCCACUUGUCAAGGAAAUCUUGUCAGAAUAUUCUAUCGAGGCAGAGAUGGACUUGAUCAAAGGCAGUUUGAGUGUCAAGACAACACGCAAGACAUAUGACCCAUACAUGAUCAUCAAAGCCAGGGACUUAAUCACCCUUCUGGCCCGCAGUGUUGACCUCGAGCAGGCCAAGAGAGUUCUGGAAGACGAUGUGGCUUGUGAUGUCAUUAAAAUUGGGUCAAUGGUGGCGAAGAAGGAACGAUUCAUCAAGCGUAGAAAAAGACUUAUUGGUCCUGGCGGUACUACACUGAAAGCGAUCGAGUGUCUUACAGACUGCUACGUGGCUGUACAAGGAAACACCGUGGCAGCACUUGGUCCUCAUAAAGGGCUGAAGGAGGUCAGAAAAAUUGUUGAGGACUGUAUGAACAACAUCCACCCAUUCUUUACUAUUCGUACAAUUAUGGAAAAACAUGACCUGGCUAAAAAUCCAGAUAUGCGCAACGAGAACUGGGAAGCAUAUUUGCCGCAGUACAAGGGUAAAAAUAUCAGCAAACGCAAGCAGCCUAUGAAAAAGAAGACCAAGAAGGUCUACACACCAUUCCCGCCACCACAGCCGGAAUCAAAGGUCGAUAAAGAACUUGCAUCCGGUGAAUAUUUCCUCAAAGAGCAUGAGCGGAAACAGCGUAAGACAGAAUUGAAAAGGCAAAAACAGACUCAGUCAAAACAGGAACGGCAACAGAAGAGGGAUAAAUCUUUUGUAGCCCCUGACGAACCGCAGGAGCCACCACAGAAGAAGGUCAAGGUUGCACAGGAUUCUAAAGUCAAUUUAGAUAAACUUAAACAGAAGUUCAAGAAGAUUUCUAAGAAAAAACAGUAA